AUGUUGCCCGAGCUGAUUGAACGAAUCUGCAGUUAUCUCGAGCUGGCAGACAUUGUUGCGCUGCGAAAGACCAACCGCCACUACCGCCAGUCCAUCUCCGAGUCGCUGGUGCGGGACAAGCUGAUGCAGCAGUGCCCCUACUACCGCCUUGAAUACAGCCAGCACGGGAGCUGGAGGACCGGCGGCGCCCAUUACGUGCGCGACAGACACAUUGACGUGUUCAUUGACCUUGUGGAAUGCUCCUUCCACACUGACUCGCCUCUGCCGCGCGACUUUGAGUGCCUGUGUACCGACGUGGAACGCACAUUUUCGUGGGACUACAACAACCGGGGCAUUUGCUUCAACGAGAAGCAGCUGGACCUCAGCGAUCUGAACACGGACUUUGCUGUGCCUUGCAACUACGGGGUGAGCUUUGGAGAUGCAGGAACAACCAUCAAAUACCACGGGUUUGGGGUGACGGUCGAGGGACGGAUGAUUCAGGCCAGACACACGUCCCGGGCCAUUGCAGCAAUAUCUGUGCAUCAGGGCCAUUUGAUGUUGACGGUCAAGUACCCCAACAAGGCUCCUGAGUCGAUCAAAAUGAACUGCAAGCCUCCCUUGCGGCUGCAGGUGAUCGGAGACUGUGUCUAUGUAUUUGGAAGACACGAUCAUACCUCAGUCCUGUACUUGAUCACUCCUACACGGUGUUCAGAGAUGCUACACGCUCAACGGCGACAGCCUCCUGCCGGCAUGGUUCUUUACGAUGGAAAUGUCUACAAUGUCGAUAUGGACGGACGAUACCGGUGUUCGGUCACCAGAGUCACUCACAGGAUCACGUCCGACAGAAACAGACCCCCAGACAAGUUCCACAGAGUGUACCAGGACGAGAAGCAUUCGCAGUACUGUUUGAUAUACAAGUCCACGGGUCUAGUUACUGGCAUUGUCGAUUUGAAGAAGCGACAGAAGAGCAUCCUGUCGCAGAUCUCCAGCGACAUUUUCGCCGACUACAACGGAGCUAACGAGCCCGAAGAUCAUUUGUUGAUGGUUGGUCUGAGCCAUGGAACUGUGGGGUGUUGGAGGUACACCAUGAAAUAUCUGGCUGAAAAGUACAAGAGCCAGCAUGGAGCCGAGCUGCCUGUUGAGCUGCGGGCGGUGUUGAAACAGCGGGCGGUGAGCUUGAGUGAGGACGAUGCGCGUGGACGGCGACCGGUGACCAGGGAGUGGACCACGGGGGAUCUUUUUGGCAAGAGUUGGAUGAGUAUGUCAUCAAAGCGGGAGAGUUUCUGA